GUGUCACUGUUCUUCCAUGAGAGACACCUGAAUACACCACAGCCAGAUCCCUCUCUCCUCUCUGGACUGGACAGCUACUUUACACCACCUUUGAGCUCUGGGAUAGCAAACUAUGCACUAGCUAUGAUGGCAUGCAGUCCAUCCCUCGCUGUGCUCCUGUGCCUUAUGCAUGCUCUCUGCUGCGCUGCUGAGAUAGGUAUGUAGAGUUUUAUUCCACUUUCUUUGGUUUCAUGCAAUGGUUAAGCAUUCUGUAUAAUGAAAGUGAUACAAAUGAUAUUUGUUGAUAUGCUUUACCAAUAAAUGGAAGGCAAGGUUGAGGCUGCUAGAAAGUAACAAUAUUUAUGUAGACUGGUAAUGAAUAUAUCCAGAAUUUCUAGGUCCUUCAGUUAGUUUUGCUUCAUUGGCAGAUACUGCAAGAUAUAUUGAUGGAAUCUUUUCCAGGAGUCACGAGUGAACCAUUUGACAAGCUAGAUAACUUUCAGAAUAUUUUAAGGCAUUUUAGAUGCUUUCAGAUAUAACAAUUCAAUUGGCCUAUUUCUUUUAAAGUGGCCUAAAAACACAUGUAUUUAAAUUGUAGUUACAUACACUGUGAGUUCUUAAAAAUUCUUGAAAAUAAUUUGAGUGCUGUAAACAGGUAUAACAGCUGUAAGUUCAUAAAAUGAGUAAGUACAAAAAAUAUUUAUAUACACAACUUAAUGUACAGUGGGACCUAAAAUGUUUUUUUUAUUUUUAUUUUUUAUUUAUCUGCUAAAUGGCAUAUUAUUUAUUACAGUUCCUGUACAAUUAGACACAGUGUCUCAGUCACAGUUCAAUAGCUUUGCAGUGCUGUUUAUAAGAGCAGCUGUAGAGCCCUGAAAGAAGGAUGAGACCUUGGAUAGAUCACAUCAUUGUCCUUAGUUUCAAGUUUCAAUGUCACAUGCACAAGUACAGUGAAAUGCCUUGCUUGAAAGCUCUAACCCCAACAAUGCAGUAAUAAAUAACAAUGUAAUACUAAAAAUAACAAGGUAGAACAAAAACACACACAUAAAAGUAAGAAAUAAGAAGAACCUUUUCCCCCGUGCUGCAGACAGCAGCUCCUUCCUGAUCUACAACCAGGAUCACAACAUGUGUGUGGUGGCGGUGAGUGCCAGUCAAGUCACGGUGGCUCCCUGUGACCACACGUCCCAGAACCAGCAGUUCCGCUGGGCCUCGCAGUCUCGUCUCCUCAGCAUCUCCCUGAAGCUCUGCCUGGGGGCUCAGGACCUGAAGGACUGGGUCAAGGUGCUGCUCUUCCCCUGUGAUGAGAAGAGUGAGCUCCAGCACUGGCAGUGUAAGAACGAGACCCUGUUCGGCCUCAAAGACAAGGCGCUGCACUUAAACUAUGGCAACCGCAACGAGAAGAAUAUGAUGAUCUACCAGGGAUCUGGGCCUUGGAGCCGGUGGAAGAUGUAUGGGACUCAGAAGGACCUCUGCUCCAAGGGCUACCAAGGUAAGGAAGCUACAAGACACACUCACUGUUACUGGAGGUUGGAGAUUGGAGGUAGAAAUCAGAAGUGUAAGAUGCUUUCUUAAAGCCAGGGAAUGAAUGUCUGACCUUGGAAGAAUCAUACUGUUAACAAGGUAUUUUUUUCCUACUAGCACUGACUGAUAGCUGAUAGCUACUUUAUUAAGGAAGAAUGUACUUACUAUGAUUGAGAUACAGCAUGUGGUUGUCCCACCUAGCUAUCCUACGAUGAAUGCACUAACUGUAAGUCACUCUGGAUAAGAGUAUCUGCUAAAUGACAAAAAUGUAAAAUGUAAAUGUAACAAAACUGUUUUGUCCCCUUCUCCAGAGGUGUUCACACUAGGGGGGAAUGCCUUUGGAAGCCCCUGCCAGUUCCCUUUUCAGUUUGGGGUGAAGUGGUACGCUGAGUGCACUCUGCAGGGGCGCUCAGACGGACAGCUCUGGUGCGCCACAGAGACAGAUUACAAUAAAGACAAGAAGUGGGGCUUCUGUCCCUCAAAAUGUGAGUCAAGCCCUCACAUUUCAUGCUAUGUUUUUUUUCAUUUACUGCCAUUUUCCAGUGAUCAGGAAAAGGGUCAAUAGGUGACACCUGUAGAAAAUCAUGAGCCGUAUGUAUCAAGCAUCUCAGAGUAGGAGUGAUGAUUUAGGAUCAGUUUUGCCUUUUAGAUCAAAAUGAGACAAAAAUAUUUGUAUUUUAUUUUAUUUGCCUGUAAAAACAAGGGAAAUGACCAGGGUUUAAGAUGUGUUUAUCAGUCUGAAAUACCUGCAUCAACAGAAAUCAAAGCACUUUCGGGACGGCAUCCAAUUCAAACAAUACUGUAAAACACCUUUCCAAGCCUGUGAUAGGGACAGAUUCCUACCCUCAUUAAAACAGAGGUUACACAUGGAAUUCUUUGAUUUUCCUGUUUUUCCGUGACCUCGCUGGAGGUGACGAUUGGCCAGGUCAGCGCUGACGAGGUCUGGUCUCUGACCUCCUAACAGAAAAACACAAACGCUUCCUCUAGUUCCUCUAGCUGUGGACGCAGCUCUGUGUCUUUUUACCCUUCCAUCCUGACUGGAGCUCAUUCCUCUGUUUCCCCUGACACAGCUCCAAAACUGGGACAGGAAAAGGAAGGAAGCCCCCUUUCACUAUAGUUCCUGGUGAACUGCCACAAUAGUCACAGAUAUGGGAGGCAGUUCUAUCAUGAUAGAAAGUGAUAGAGAUGGAACAGAACACUAUUUGAUUAAGUUCUUGGACUGUUAUUGAUGCUUUCUUUUUCCUGCCUUAAGUGUGCCCUAAUGUUUCCGUGUCCCCCUCAGCGUCCUCAGGAUGGGACAGUGACCCAGUGACAGGUGUUCUGUACCAGAGGAACACCCAGUCUGUGUUGACCUGGCACCAGGCGAGGAAGAGCUGCCAGCAGCAAGAAGCCGACCUGCUCAGUAUAGUAGAGCUCCAUGAGCAGACCUACAUCUCAGGUAUGUACAGUCAGACCUGGUCAGACCCACAUCUGAGGUACAGUCUAACCUGUUGUCCAGGGGAGGACUGGGAUCAGAAACCAGCCUAGGCACUUCUGACACACCGGCCUGAAGAUGGACAAGGGCAUUUGCCCAAAGUGCGCUAUGGCCAGUCUAACCUACAACCUCACCUUGAUUUAGCGAUAAAUCAAUCUGAAACAAACAAUUGCUUAUUAAGAAUAUUACACUACUCUCGUGGACGUAUUGUAAUGCUUUUUAUUGAUGCAGGGUUGACCAAUAUCCUGGGCACAUCUCUGUGGAUUGGACUGAAUAGCCUAGACUUUGAGGCUGGAUGGCAGUGGAGCAAUGGCAACCCAUUCAGAUAUUUAAACUGGGCCCCAGGUGAGUGCAACUGCAUGCAACACAUCAUCCUAUACUUUACAGCCUAGGGAACAACUGAGGUUGUCCAAGUAUGCUAUGUGUUCCAAUGGUGGAGGAAGACAAUUAAUAAAUACAUGGACAUCAUCAAAAGGACAUCCAUCAACUGAACCUGGGCUCAGCUGUGCAACCCUGAAUGCUGGCAAGGCCUCGAAAUGGGAGACCAAUGAAUGUUCCAAGAAGCUAGGAUAUAUCUGUCGCAAAGGCAACUCAACAGCUCUGACCUCUGCCCGCAUAGGUAAGAAUUGAAUCAUACAGUACAUUACAGUCAUGAACGACACAAGAUUAUAACUUCUUUACCUAGUUCAAAUGCCAUGCAACACAAGGUUAACAACAACAGAUCAGGUUGUGCAGGGUAGGGUAAACUGAACCAUUAUAUAUAAGGGCCAAUAUUCACUAAGUGUCUCAGAGUAGGAGUGCUGAACUAGUGUCAGUUUUGCCUUUAAGAUUAUAAUGAAUAAGAUUACAUGGGGGGGGGGGGCUGAUUCUAGAUCAGCACUCCUACUCCGAGAUGCUUUAUGAAUACGGGCCCAGAGGUUGUGUGGGUCAAACCGAUAAAACAUUACAGUCUACCACUUUCUGAACUUUCUACCUUCUCUCGGACUAUUGAACUUUGACCCCCCUCUGUAGGAAAAGAUCAGCCCACCUUCUGCCCCAGUCACUGGAUCCCCUAUGCAGGCCACUGCUACUACCUGCAACGUACCAAGAAGAUGUGGAGGGAUGCCCUGGCCGCCUGCCACAAAGAUGGAGGGGACCUGGCCAGCAUCCACAACAUAGAAGAACAGAGCUUCAUCAUCUCUCAGUCAGGAUACAGUGAGUGCACAAUCCAUGUCGUAGCUACAAUUACCUCUAUAUCUGAUAGAUCUGUUAUGCACUACGAGGACCUUUCUUAUGGGUCGUAAUUUCUAUCAGUUUUGAAAACCACUCUGAGAUGUGUCCCAAUAAAUAUCUGGGUAUUUGGAUUGACAAAGAAUUGUUUAAAAAGCAUACGGAUGAGCUAGUUAAAAGCUAAUAUUUAAAGUGGGCUUAUUUUUUAGAAAUAUAUCUAGCUUCUCCCUAAAUAGCAGGAAGCAGAUUGUACCGUCAAUAUUCCUGCCAGUUCUUGACUAUGGUGACAACAUUUACCAGAAUGCAGCAGCCACUACUCUUAAACCUUUGGAUGCCGUCUACCAUAGUGCCCUUCACUUUAUCACAGGUGACAGUUUUAAUACUCACCAUUGCAUCCUGUAUCAAAACGUUGGCUGAUCCUCAUUGAAGUCCUAUAGAUCACUUCAUUACUACCUUUUUAUUUACAACGUUCUACUACACAAGCUUACAACUUACCUAACUUUGUUGCUAAAGUAAAAAAGAAUGAGCGACCAAACCCGCUCACAGGGUUGGUUAACUCUUGAGGCCCCUCUGAUCUCGACCUAUUUUGGUAAAUCCUCCUUUACCUUUAGUGCCCCCCAUUGUUGGAAUAACCUGCAAAAUUCCUUGCAUCUUGAUUCCCUGGGGCCGCUAAAGCAGUUUAGGACUCUGGUGUUCAAUUAAUUCAUUGAGAAUUGCAGUUGUUUCGAUUGAUGUAAUUUAUUUGUUGAAAUUGUAGUAUUGUCAUUGUACCUUGUAGUUUCUUUAUUCUUCUUGUUUUAUUUGGAAUGUCAAAUGUUUUUAUUGUGAAAAUCUUUGUACUCAGGGCACGAUUGUGAAUGAGACCCUGAUCUCAAUUGGGCUUCCCUGAAUAAAGAAUAUUAAUAAUAAUGUCACCUAAGUCAAUUUGAUCAGCCAAAGGCAACAAUAAGUAUAUCAGGUGUUUUUCGCUGUCUUCCUGGCUCUGAGUCUUAAUGUCCCUCUGCUUGACUUUAGCGGCCACAGAUGAGCUGUGGAUCGGCCUGAACGACCAGAGGAAUGCGCUGCUGUUUGAGUGGACCGACCGAUCCCAUGUGACAUUCAGCCACUGGCAGGCAGGGGAGCCCUCCCACGGUGCCAACCUCCAGGAGGACUGUGUCCUGAUCAGAGGAAAGGUAAUAUUCACAUUGGUCCCUCAAGGACAGACUAGGUUCAUGAUAAUGCUAACACUAAUGCUAGCUAAAUGCUAACACCAAAGAUUUUUUAUAACUAACCAUAACACUAGCUAUAUGCUAAUGCUAGGUAAAUGCUAACGCUAGGUAAAUGCGAAUGCUAGCUAAAUGCUAGGGCUAACAGUGGCAUUGAUGACAACAUUUAACAGUGGUGUCAAUGAGGAACUAAAUGUGGUAUUGUGACAAUGUGGACUCUCCAUACACUCUCACAGGAUGGGAAGUGGGCCGAUAAUUUGUGUGAGAAGACCUACGGGUACAUCUGUAAGAAAAAGGCCUCCACCAAACCGGUGGCAGGUGCCCCAGAGGAAGAUAGUCCAGGAUGUAAGCUGGUGAGUGAGGUCAUUUCCUGUUUGUUGAAAGGGAGGGUACAGUAAAUAAUGAAUACAGAAUGAUAUCACAUAAAAUGGAAGCUUGAAAAUGAUUCUAGAGAAGGACUACAAUGGUGUCAUCUUGACUGACAAAGAUUCACCAGUUUGAGGAUAAUUGUUUCUGUAUUUUUGUCAUCAAGGGCUGGAUCCGGUAUGGUUCUUACUGCUACAACAUUGGAUCAGAAACCAAAACAUUUGAUGAGGCCAAGCAGACAUGCCAGAAGAGUGACUCAAACCUGGUGGAUGUGGCUGACAGGUACAGUAUCACAUCAUGACUAUCUUAUAAGAUAAGAUAUAUUUGACUCACUUACUUGAGUCAUAUCCUGGACAAGAUAAUAACAAUAAGUUGUCAGAUAACAGAUCGAAUGUUUGUUGGUUUGUAGGUAUGAAAAUGCCUUCCUGGUCAGUUUGGUGGGUUUGAGACCAGAGAAGUACUUCUGGACUGGACUUUCCAACAUGGCGGAUGGAGACACGUUCAAGUGGAUUACCAGUUCGGAGGUCAAGUUCACCCACUUCAAUGUGGGCAUGCCAGGUACAGUGUCCUUUUCCCAAAAUGGUGACUGCAUCGCAGUGCUAGCUGUGCCACUAGAGAUCCUGGUUCGAAUCCAGGCUCUGUCGUAGCCGGCCGCGACCGGGAGACCCAUGGGGCGGCGCACAAUUGGCCCAGCGUCAUCCAGAAUAGGUGGAGGGAAUGGCCGGCAGGGAUGUAGCUCAGUUGGUAGAGCAUGGCGUUUGCAACGCCAGGGUUGUGGGUUCGAUUCCCACGGGGGGCCAGUAUGAAAAAUAAAAAAAUUAUGUAUGCACUCACUAACUGUAAGUCGCUCUGGAGCGUCUGCUAAAUGACUAAAAUGUAAAUGUGAUUGAUUGUAGCAAUUGAUGAUCGGUUGUAGCAUGAACUGGCAUUAGACGACUGCGGUAUUAGAGUACCUUCUCCCACACCUUAACUGCCUGGCAAAUGUCUGAACUAAAUUAAACUACUCAAUCUUCUCUCGUCUUUCUGUGUGUUUGAAAAAAGACAGAAAACAAGGCUGCGUCGCUAUGACAACUGGAAUGUUUGCGGGACUGUGGGAUGUGGUCAGCUGCAGCAACAAGGAGAAGUACAUCUGUAAGAAAAUGGCGGAGGGCGUGACAUCAACAAUGGCCCCUCCCACCACACCGACACUGAGCUGUCCUUCUGGAUGGUCACCUGCUGCUAAAAGGAAUGUCUGUUACAAGGUACAAUUGUUCUGUAUGUGACACAAACACUUUGAUCAGUGAAUUGAAGUGAAUAGUUUAUUUAUUUAUUAAUAAUUUAAUCAAUGAGCAAGAAUUCAUUGAUAAUCCUUCAUUAUAAUAAUUCAUUAAUAAUUCAUCAAUAAUACUUUUCUCUCCCCUCAAUAAGCUUUACAGAAAAGUGAUAGAAAACAAGAAGACAUGGUCAGAGGCGCAGGAAUUCUGCAAGGCCAUUGGUGGUGAUCUGAUGAGCAUUCACAGUGCCACAGACCUGAUCAGCUCUCCGUAAGUUAUCCUCAUAGCUGUCUCUGUUGCCAUGAGUAUCAGUGAAAACCAGUGUGGUCCUAUUAACCACUGUCUGUGGUUGAAAUCCACAUGGUCAUAAUAACCACUGUCUGUGGUUCAAAUCCACACGGUCAUAAUAACCACUGUCUGUGGUUUCCAUUCGCUCUGUUUGUUCAGGUAUCAUUCCCCUGAUACUGCCUGGAUCGGCCUCAGCUCUCUGGAUCCCAACGCAGGUUUUGUCUGGACUGACGGAUCAGCAGUGAGUAGCCUACCACCUCAUCUUUACUGUGAUAUCCCUUCUCCUUAGCAGUACUUUAUUACACUCUACUCUUGUUUCAAUCAUUCAUUUGGCAUCAUUGUCUUUAAUGGGAUUGAAAGUUCAUACAGUACUAUGGUGUCCAUAUAAAGACAGCCUCAUGCUGAGACUGAGGCUGUCCUAAUAUGGACACAAUACAGUGCUACUGUGUAACAUUAUUCCAAUGUUGUUCUCCAGUUCAGCUAUGAUAAUUGGGGAUUUGGAGAACCAAACAACUACAAUGAUAAUGAAAAAUGCGCAGAGGUCCAGUUUUACUACGGACGCCACUGGAACGAUCGACACUGUGACAGCUACAAUGACUGGAUUUGCGAGAUCCGCAAAGGUACAGUAGACCAUAUCUGCUGGCACACUGACUUCACUAGGCACAGACGUCAAUUCAACGUCUAUUCAACGUUUCAGUGAAAUGACGUGGAAACUACGUUGAUUCAACCAGUGUGUGUGCCCAGUGGGCAUGCAGUUCAUGUCAGUAAUGAAACUAUUGAUGAACAUUGAAUUGUUACCCUUAAACUUGCAGCUGUGCUCACCCAAACCUUUUUUGGUAUCCACAGGGGUUACCCCAAAGCCCCCUCCCACUCAAGUUGUGCCAGGUAAUGCACAGGAUGUUGGGAAUAUGUUUCUCAUUCCUCCACUUCCUGUCUCCACUUACUUCUUAUUCCAUCUCACUAUCCCUGCUCUCCUUCAAGUUCUUGGCCUUUCCUUUCAGUUAAAUUAAUCACUGCACAUACUGUAUAGCAUACCUUCAUCUAUCAUUUAGUUUGCAAAGCAUAGGUCAACACAAACACUAACAGAAAAUACUCUUUAAAAAUGUACUCUUAAAAAUACCUAAGACAAAAUUUACUCCUUAUUAACUUGCCUUUGCAGUGUACAACACUACAAAGGACGGCUGGAUUGAGUACAACGACACUCAGUAUUUCUUCAACACUGAGAACCUCCCCAUGGACGAGGCAAGAGCGUUCUGUAAAAAUAACUUUGGUGACCUGGUGGUCAUCACUGCAGAGAGCGAGAGGAAGUUUAUAUGGAAACAGGUAGAGACUUCUAAUGCAGUCCAGUGACGUCCGAAAAGCUUUGGUUCUAGGAAUCUGAUAAAGAGAUGAUUUAUGAACAGGAUGACAAAAAGUGUCACUGAAAUGUUCAAGGUUCAAUCUAGAAAUGUUUGUUUCCUCAAAGAGACGUCACUUUUUUUCCAGAUAUCCAGAGGUUCCGAGUCACAAUACUACAUUGGCAUGACCGUUGGUUUGGAUAAGUCUUUUAGGUACGUAAAAUGACUGUUGACUGUUCCCUGGACAUUUAAAACAACCUGAAGUCCUACCACCUCUUUUUAGAGAUACUCGUGCAUGAGCAUGUUUUGUUUAUCACAGUCCAGUGAACAUGCCUGAGAUCUGUGCUUCUCUGCAGAGUGGAGAAACGUGUGCUUUCCAGGUGUGUAGUUGAUUGAAUGGAUGCUCACAGUUCAGACUGGGUUUGUGUACUGUAUGUUUCAGCUGGUUGGAUGGGUCUCCUGUUGUGUAUACCGCGUGGGAUCAAAACGAACCCAACUUCGCCAACAACGAUGAGAACUGUGUGACGAUAUACAAGAGUAUGGGUACGUCUGAUUCCAGAGGGAUCUGGGGGUGCAGUGGCAUCAGCCUCCAAAGUAAAGGGAUUUAGCUGUUAUGCUGUCGUUACAGUGUCGUUACACUGCAACGUCCAUGGGACUUUUGCUAACAUUCAGGGGAUGCUCCCAGGAUGUCAUUUUGUAAGCUGGGUCUAUAUCGGGUUGUGUCUUUUUGUAUCUGUAGGGUACUGGAAUGACAUCAACUGUGGCAUAGAGCUGUCCUCCAUUUGUAAAAGAACCACCAGUUUCACUAACACAACCAUGGCCCCCACCACUGUACCCAAGGGAGGUUGUGCCCCAGAAUGGAUCGCUUUCCAGGGCAAGGUAACUGCUACACUACUACAGUACAACCACCACAUACUAUAAAAUCAUACAAGGACAUCCUAUUGUAGGCUACAUACACCUGUACGUUACACCAGAAGAGAAAACCACACACAUACUACUUUCCUUAUCAUGUGUCAAGGACAAACUCAGGGCCCUAGUGAUGACCCAAUGUGAUGCUGACCUGGGUGUAGAGAGUUGAGUCAUUUUCUGCGUUCCAAAUGGCAUCCUAUUCCCUUUAUAGUGCCCUACUUUUGACCAGAGCCCAUGCACUAUAGAAUCAAUUUUGUUUGCUGUAGUAGUGUGUGCUGUUCCAACACACAGUGCUGAUGCAUCAUGUUUCCACAGUGCUACAAAUUCAUUGGAGACAACGAUAAGAAGCCGUGGCAGGAGGCCAGGACCUACUGCAUCAACCAGGGAGGAAACCUGGCCUCUGUCCUCAGCGAGAAAGAGCAAGGUGGGUGAGAAGGCCAUCCCUUUACAGCUCACUGCCAAAGCUACCUGAGACAUUGGCAUUGCCCAAGGUAGAAUGAAAUAGAAUGAAAAUUGCAAUUCUCUACAAGUAAUUUUGCAUAAAAUCAUGCUGUUAAUAUUCUGUCAAAUUUGGUGUGUAAAAUUAUAAAGCAUGCAACAAGAAAUCUUAUAGACAUUGGUUAACGAGUGCCAAAUUAAAAUGCUAGCCAAUGGAACAGGGGUUGAUAAUCCUUUGCAUGUAAACAGUAUAUCAGGAAUCACCUGAUGACUCUUCAUUUUUCUGACUGGUCCUUUCCCAGCAUUCCUUACCACCCAGAUGCUUGAGAAUCCCCAGGACAUUUGGAUAGGUCUGAACGACGUCAACUGGGAGAUGCGCUUCCUAUGGACGGAGGGGAAAGGUGUUUCCUAUACCAAUUGGGCAAAAGGGCAUCCAACGUCAGUGCCAGACGGACGCUAUUCAUUUUUGGACGAGGUACAAGACUUACAGUAAAUAUAACUGCUGAACACAGAUUAAGUGAAUUCCUGGAAACAGAUAAAACAUUAUUCUCAAUAGACAAUCUCCCUUGAAAGUUGGUAGACUAAAACCUACUUUCAAGGAAGAUUCUUUACUGAGAAUAAUUUUUUAUCCAGGACUACGCCUUAUAUCUGGGUUUGGGAAAACAGCCCUUUAAAUGUUUGCUUUGAGACGUUGAUUGACUUAUUGUCAAUAAGUGCAAAUGCAAUACAGCCUUAACCAGUCAAAUUAUAAUUCAAAAGAGGGAUCAAACCUUUUCAUUUCCUUCCCAAUCUCUCUUCCAGGUGUUUGACUGUGUGGUUCUGGUGGGCAGCUCUCACAAACAGACAGGAAUGUGGAAGGUCGAGGACUGCUUAGUAUCCCGUGGUUUCAUCUGCAAAAGGAAUAUUGGUGAGAAGAAGCCAUAGUUCAGUGAGGCUGCUCUAGGGUUGCAAAAAUUCCAGUAACUUUCCCAAAAUCCCCAGGUUUUCCAGAAAUAAGUGAAUCCUCCAACCAGCAUAUCUGGAGAACCUGCCAAUUUUGGAAAAGUUAUCGGCAACCCUAGUGAGGCUGUUCACUUCCAAUUAAUGGGUAUGUGGUCCAAUAGAGUAUCCCUCUUUAGGUUCCCCUCCAACAACAAGUCUCCUUUGGUUUCAGAUUCUCAGAUUGUGGUCCCCGCCACCACAGUGUCAACAAAGACGUUCUACAAGCUGGGAAAUGACUCCUUCAAACUAGUGGUCCAGAAGAUGAACUGGGACGAGGCCCGGAGGCAAUGUAAAGCAGACGAUGCAGAGAUGGCUAGCAUCCUGAACCCCAUCACCCAGGCCUUCAUCACAAUGCAGAUCCACAAAUACAAUGAGCCCGUGUGGAUCGGCCUCAACAACAACUUGGUAAAAGGCUACAGUAUUGACAUUGCUUUAUGCCAAUCAUUUGGGAUACAGAGACUAAAAAUUCUAAACAAUAUGUUGAUCACACAAAUUCUAAAUAUGGAGCUUUGUGAUCUUCAAUUUCCUCAUUACAAGGCCCAGCAGUUAAUAAAUGACCUAAUGUGUAUGACUCUGGCUUUGGUUUAAGAGCUAGUACAGCUCCAAAGAGGACUUAGCAUUGAGAUGAUCUCCCACUGUUAUCCAUGGGAUCUCCUACUCUGACGUGUUCAUUUAAGAAACAAAAGCGGUUUUGUGUUUGUAAACCUGUGAGCUUUCGGCUGGACCUUGCCCCCAUUGUGUGUUUCCGUCAUUGUCUUUGUCUCUGUCUCUCAGACUGAAGGGCGUUUUAAGUGGGUGGAUAACUGGCCUCUAUCUUACACCAAAUGGGGCGAAGACGAGCCAAAGAACAAUAUGGCCUGUGUUUACAUGGACACAGACUCCAAGUGGAAGACAGGCGACUGUAGUAACACCUAUUCCUCACUGUGCAAGAGAUCACCAGGUCAGACAAGGCCUUUAAUCCAUUUACCCACAAUGUCUAUGUUUAAUAGUUGAUAAAUCCCUUUUUAAAAUGGCUUUUAGAAAAAAAAUUGUAUGCAGUAAUGUAUCAAUUUUACCGACAUUGAACAUGUAUGUCUCAUGUAUAUUAACUUCAGUACAUGUGAACUUCUCUGGCCUCUUUUACAGACAUAGCCCCCAGCCAGCCCCCUCAGCUCCCUGGCAACUGCCCCGAGCCCAAGAAACGCAAGACGUGGGUUCCCUUCAGGGGUUACUGCUACGCCUUCCUCAACUCUGUGGUGGACAACUGGGCCCACGCCACUGUGGAAUGUCUCCGAAUGGGUACACACUUCACCUCCUUCUCACCAACUGUCAUUCAGACCACAAUGGUCCCAAACGGCACGCUAUUCCAUGGUCAAAAAGUAGUGCACUAUAUAGGAAAUGGGGUGCUAUUUGGGACAUACCCAAUGUCUUAAUUGAAUGUAGAGCACAUGAACUCAUUAAUUGAAUGAAAGACAUUCAAAGUGAUUGAUGGUGAUGAUGAUGAAUAUGGGUUGUAAGAGCCUGUUUCUCUGACAACAGGAGCAUCCCUGGUGAGUAUCGAGGAUCCCUUGGAGGCCAGCUUCAUCCAGGAGAACCUUGAGCUACUGCAGGAUGGAUCCAAGUCCUUCUGGAUUGGCAUGCACAAGAGCCACGAAGGUCAGUACCUAUGGUUACAAAAUUCCAGUAAAUGUCCCCAAAUUCCCUACCAGGAUUUCUGGAAAACCAAGGAAUUUCUGAAAAAUUACCGUAAUUUUGCAACCCUAUCAGUAUAUUUUACAGACAACCCAUAACAUUAAGGAGGCCACUGGCUCAAAAAGCCUGUUCCCUCUAACAUUUUAAACUUGCUACAUCACUUUGAAUGAAUACAUGGCAAGUAUAGUACCUACCUGUCUCUUGCAAUUCUAAGAUUAUGUCCCAAUUUCACAACCAUGUUUAUUGAUUUAUAGUUGUUCAAUGACAAUGAAUCACCCAUAUCAAAGGAUAUUGGUUUGACCCAAUGUUCUUGUUUCAGGUGACUGGAUGUGGAUUGACAACAGUGUGGUGGACUACACCAACUGGAAACAGGGGAUGCCAAAGAGUGGAGAACACUGUGUGGAGAUCCAGUCUGAUAGCGGUCUGUGGAGCACCAACAGCUGCAACCGGUACAAGUCGUACAUCUGCAAAACAGCCAAAGGUGAGCUGCACUCAGCAGAUAGAUUCAAGUAUUUAAGAUGGGAUGAUAGCAGAGUCAUUAUUCAAGUCAUCCUGUGUUUGUUGUGUCAGCUUAGAAUUGUCUUGCAUUUAUGUUUUCUGAACAUCUUUAUCUCCUUCUUUUGCAGUCAUCACACCAACAGAGAAGCAACCAGUUGCUGGUGAGUGUCUCAUAGCAGAUAUAAUUGGUUAAAGAACAAUACAUUUUAUAGUUUUGACAAUCAAAUCAAUGCUUUUCUGGCUCCAGGGUACAGAUCUAGGAUCAGCUUCCCCUCACCAAUCCGUAACCAUUAGUGGGGAAAAUGCAAAAUAGACCCAAGAUCAGCGUCUAGGGGCAACUUCACUCUACUCCGCUUUUCUUAACAUUAUACCAUUUAUAUCUAAAACCAAUCCCACCAAUAAUUUUGCCAAUAACACUUUGACUUCCUGUCUUCUAGCUCCCCUAGUGGAGGAAGCUCCCCAUGGUUACGCCGGCAUCGCUGUGGCCGUUGUCUUGGUGAUAAUUACAGUGGUAGGACUCGGUGCCUUCCUACUCCGCAAACGGAUACCUACCCCCGUCCUGGGAGAGUGUACAUUCGACAACACCUUGUACUUCAACAACCCCAUCCGCCAAACAGCCACUGUGGACACCAAGGGCCUGGUGGCCAACAUCGAGCAGAACGAAACAGCUUAGAUAGGACACAAAGAACCACCAACAGGUGAAAACACUUUUGAGACAAGUUUUAAUAUGAAAAAUACCAAAAAAGCAUGCUGCUAGUGUUUAGGCCAACCAACUCUGACCAACUCUGACCCAAACUGAGAGACUGCAACUAAAUCUGAAACCAUUCACCUGUUAUCUUUGUUUGUUUUCUUGCUUGGUAAAUAAUGUGUGAAAAUGAUAUGCACUUUGUGCAUGUCAGCAUCAGUUGUCAAGGAUAAAGUCCAGAUGUACAGCUAAGAUUGCAUAUGCAACCCCUGCACAAAUUGUAGAAUCAACAACAGUCAUUUUGUUUGGUUUAAUUGAGUCUUGUACAGAUUGAUUUGGUGUGUGAAACUGAAGUUCAAAAUACAGCCACUGUACUUUACUUUGUUUUUGCCAAGUUAUAUUGUAAAUAUAUGCUCAAAACGAGAGAGAAA